AUGAGGCGCAGGAAGACGGCGGUAGCGGCCGCCUGCUGCCUCGCCCUGCUGCUGGGCACCCUGCUCAACGUGCUCUUCGUGCCCGGCUCCGAGCUCCCUCCGCCGCCGCCCCGCGACGGGGCCCCCCCAUCCCCGCCCGGCGCCCCCCUGGAGCCGCCGGAGGAGGAGGGCGGCGGCGGGCGAGCUGCGUUGGCGCGGCAGCUCCGCGAGCGCUACGAGGAGGUUCUGCGCUACCGGCAGCCGCGGGCGGCGGGGGUGCGCCGGGCGGUGCGGCCGCGGGAGCGGCGCCUAAUGGACCUGGCCCCGGCGCGCACCUCGGCCGAGCAGCAGCAGCAGCCGCGGGGCCGGGCGGCGGCGGAGCGGGGCCGGGCCUCGGCCGAGCUGGGGCUGGAGCCGCCGCCGCUGGGCUGCCGCGAGCUGCGCGCCGCCGGCGGCGUGCAGUACCUGGGCUCGGGCUACACCAAGGCCGUCUACAAAGCGGUGCUUAACCGGUCUCUGGCCGUGGCGCUGAAGGCGGUGGAUUUCGGAGGGCACGACGUCGCCCGCUGCGUGCGGCAGUUCGCGGCUCUGGCCGACUGCUACCGCUUGGCCGCCUACAAGAUCGUCAAGGAGAUGGUGCUGCUGCAGCGGCUGCGCCACGCCAACGUCCUGCAGCUCUAUGGCUAUUGUUACCAAGAUAGCAACGACAUCCCAGACACACUGACAGCCAUCACCGAACUAGGCUCACCUUUAGAGAUGAUUCAGCUUUUACAGACUUCCUGGGAAGAUAGAUUUCGAAUAUGUCUCAGCUUAGUUCGGCUUUUGCAUUAUUUGGCUCACUCUCCUCUUGGCUCUGUGACACUGCUGGAUUUUCGCCCUCGACAGUUUGUGAUUGUGGAUGGGGAGCUGAAAGUGACGGAUCUAGAUGAUGCCAGUAUUGAGGAAAGCUCUUGCACCAGUAACAGUGACUGCUUUAUGGAGUUCCCAGCACGAAACUUCACUCUGCCUUGUUCUGUUGAGGGACGGUGCCAAAACAUGAAUGAAAAGAGGAACCUCUACAAUGCCUACAGGUUUUUUUUCACAUACCUUCUGCCACACAGCGCGCCGCCCUCACUGAGACCAUUACUGGAUAAGAUAGUCAACGCCACAGGAGAGCUUCAUUGGGGGAUAGAUGAAACAGCUGCUCAACUAGAAAGAGUUUUGAAUCUGUAUAAGAGUGGAGAGUACCUGCAGAACACUACCCGGAUAUCGAAGUCUGAGUACCAUCGGGUGCCUGAAGCCUUUAUUCCUGAUGAGAACUACAGAUGCUGGCCAUCUUACCAUCACAAGGGCUGCCUCCUCUCUGUGUUUGACGUUAGUGAAGCCAUCGAGAUUUGUGACAGCUACUCCCAGUGCAAAGCUUUCGUCCUGACCAACCAGACGACUUGGACAGGUCGGCAGCUUGUCUUCUUCAAGGCGGCUUCAAAUCAUAUCAUGCCUGAUCCUGACAAGAUAACAUAUGUGAAAGUGACAGACUGACAGCUGAAGUGGCUCAGUCUGACGUGUGAGUGACCAGAGCUGUUUGUCUAUAAAUAUAGGCAGCUGUUAUGUAUAGGAUAGCUGUGUCCGAAGAGAUAAUUGCACUAUUACUCAUUCUAAUCUAUAGAGUGCUAAACAAAACUUUUAAGAAGUAACCUUCAUGACCAGGAUGAAUGUGCAAUAAGACAACAUUUUGAAAAUGUGAUUUUAAAAUGAAGCAAAAUACAAAAUACGAUACACUGUUGGGAUGUAAUUUUGGAUAUAAAUCAACUGGCAGCUCUAACUUUUCUAACCAAGGUUAGUGUAACUUUUCUGACCUGUGCGUGUGUGUACAGGGGCAGAAGUUGAUUAUUUCUAUGAGAAGUCUGUAUCUUCUACGUUGAUAUUUAUUUGAGCUUGUACAAUCACAACAGAGUAACUGAAGCAUGUGAAUUUGUAAGCUAAAUAUCAAACAUUGCUGAAGACAAUCAGCAUUCAUGUUAAAGCUAUCGAAUAUGCAAUAGCAACAUGUUUGUCAAAAUGAAAGAAUUGAUUAUGCUUAGAAUUGCAAGACUGUAGCUAAUUUUCAUUUUCGCUUCCAAUGUUAUCACAAAGGUUCAAUUUUUUUUUUAAUUUAAAAGAGCCAUUUUGUAGGCCUAGCAAAUCACAUAAGCAUUUGAAUGGUUCCCCUGAAAGGCAGGGGCUUACCCAAGUGCUGAAUGCAUUGCUGAAUAGGGAUAGGCCUAAGCAUAUGCUUACAAUUAAGCCUGUGCUUAAGACUUUCGUUGAAUCAAGUUUGAAUUGUUCAUGAAGUCACAUCUUUGACAAACUGGCAAAGCAAUCUAUCUGGUGGAACAGGACUAUUUUAUGGAAUAUCUUGCAGUUAUUCAUAUUUUUAUCAUCAAAUCCAUGGUUUUCUAAGGCACCGCUUGCUAAUUCUUAGAGUGAAUGAAGUAAAUGACCUUAAUAAUGGUAAUUGAAUGCUAGCCUUAAUUCUAUAUAAAAUGCUUUUUAUAGGCAUGGUGUGUCUAGAGAAUUUGCUUUCAGUGAAAGCAAUGAAGUAAAUGCUAAAGUGACCAAUGUCAUACUGUUUUGUAGUUUGUACAGCCAGGGAAAAAAAAAUGUGCAUUUGUUUCUUAAAUGGUUUAUUUUUGUAAUAAAUAAAAGAUAAAUACAA